GCGAGAACUUCCUCAAUCCUCGGUAGCUCCUCCCCUCUCCGGUGACUGGAUGGUUCGCCCCAGUUGAUAUUUACAGCUCUCUGCCUCCAACCAUUGGAACUUACACGAGUCAGUGUCAGAAACAUGAGCAGCCGAGAGCCCGUCUAGUACAGGCAUGGGAACGGCCGGGGUGCUCAUCUCCCCACAGCUAUGACAUUGUAAACAAAUUAAGAGUUAUAUAUUAUAUAUUUAUGCAUCAGCGAUGCUACCUUGGAAGAAAAAUAAAUUUGAUUUAAUCGAGAAGCAGCAGCCAAAGCAGCUCGGCUACUCGGUGAGUUUGAACUGUAACACCAUCACCUCGCUUGCCCGCGCUUGUCCGGACGUGGUGGCGGAGAGUGCCCUCAACCGGGUCUGCAGCAUGUUCAAAUCCAAGAGGAGGAAGAUCAAGAUCACAGGCGAGGAUCCCACCUACACGGUGCUGUACCUCGGCAACGCCGCCACCAUUCAGUCCAAAGGUGAAGGCUGCGCCGAUGUGGCGGUGACCAAAAUCUGGAGCAAGAGCGAGCAGGGCAAGAACGGCACCAGGAUGAAGCUGACCAUCAGCUCUCAGGGAAUCCGCAUGGUUCACGUGGACGGCAAGGCGAGAAGACCGGGACAUCUGUACCUCCUGCACAGGAUCACUUACUGUGUGGCAGAUCCCCGGUCCCCCAAAAUCUUCGCCUGGAUCUACAGGCACGAACUGAAGCACAAGGCUGUGAUGCUCCGGUGCCACGCCGUGCUGGUGUCCAAACCCGAGAAGGCGAAGGCAAUGGCCCUCCUCCUCUACCAGACCUCCAGCAACGCCCUGGCCGAGUUCAAGAGGCUGAAGAGGAGGGACGACGCCAGGCAUCAGCAACAGAAGCUGAUCGGGGAGCAGACUAUCCCCCUGGUCCCGCUGAGGAAGCUCAUGAACGGCCAGUGCAGCUACAAGCCCCCGGUGGAGAGGAGCAGGAGCGCCCCGAAGCUGGGAUCCAUCACCGAAGACCUGGUGGGAGAGGAGGAGGAACAGAGAGCCCUGCUGGAGAUCAGUCUGGAGUACGAGGACAUCCUGGGCAGGGCAGAGACCUCGCACAGCGACGAGCGCCAGGGCUUUACCGAGCUCAUCAGCGACCUGGGGGAGCUGACGAUAGGCAACGAUGUCCAGUUACUGAGGGCUGACCUGCGAGUGACCAGACUCCUGUCCGGGGAAAGCACCAGCAGCGAGUCGUCGCUAGGCAGCGGCACCAGCGACCAGGACGCGGUGGCAGCAGCGGACGACAGCGAGGAAGGCGAUCUACAAGAGAUGGGAUAAUUGUGUCCGUCCUUGGAACCGGCAGCGACCACAUCCCGCGUGUUGCCUCUCACCUUCCCCGUACCUCAUCUUUACUGUAACUUUAAGAUGGUAAAAAGAGGAAGAAGAACUACGUGCAAUUCAGGAAAAUGCAUGCACAAAAAGCUUUUCAAAAGGACAUUCUCUGGCUUACAGUUUUGCGCCAACUUUAUUCGUUCCCUGAAUGAGUAAGUAGAAGAUUUAACAUUUAGAAAUGGAAGUUGCGAUGUCUGAGCCGGUCUGGUCCCUCUUGCAAUAAACUUCCUAUGGAAGUGGCGACAGUGAUGGUUGAAGGCUGGGACACGUUUGGAACUGCUUGUGUCGGCAUUGUGACCGCCAGCAUACUGCCGUUCCUAAAGCCCCCUCCUCCAGUUCACCGCAGUGGGCGCCAAGGUGGCCGCUAUUGACCAUUUGAUCUGCUGCGAGUGCCACUAUCUAGUGGCCACGGGCAGGGAAGCAAAGCUUUACCUCCAGACUUAUGUUGGUGUCUCAGUGGUUAGACUGGCAGGUGCAGAUGCACUGGGUGAGCGCCGUUGUGAAGUCCAGUCAGGCCAGGAUGUGGUUUACAAGACAAAACCGUUCAGGCUAUGGCAAUUAAAUAAACACUUGGCCAAAAAAAUGGAGAAAGUAAGGUGGAAAGGACGUUGAUGGAUAGUGGUGUACAUUUGUAAACACUCUAUCAAUUCUUGGUCUCUAAACUCAACCUCAGUUGUCCAGUGUUGUAGGGUGGUGCUCUUGAGUGCUUGAGAUACAUGGAAGACUAUAUUGACUCAGGCAAUGUUCAGGUGUUCCCCAAGUACCUUAAUCCACUGUUAGACCCUCAUAUGGGGCACUGGGAGGCCUGAUACUUGUUUAGGACCCUGCUAUAAAAUUGGUCAAAAAUUAAUUUGCCCUUAAAGGAGCAGGUGUGUGACUCUUGGCUCCAUAAGGGUGAGGCAGUAGGGGAAGGGGGAAGCUGCUGCUGGCCUGCAUGCAUCCCAUUCCUUUAACCUCCAGCUCCCUUCCACUCUGCUGGAGGAGCACUUCUAUGGUCAGAGUGACCAUGGGAAUGUCCAGUUGUAUCAAGUAAAUCACUGGUUUUCUGGUAAUUUGGUCUGAUGGCCAAUUAAAGGCAAAUCUGAAGCUGAUCCCUUGGAGGCUCAGCUCACAGUCACUUUACAGAUUCUGCACUCAUAGGCAGCUACUAAUCAAAUACCAUCCCUGCUUCCCCUCCCCACCCCACACACACACAGAUACACACUACACACACGCACACAAGCAGAUGCUUGCACACACAUAGUAAAGAACAUAUUUGGUGCAUUACAGCAGCAAUUAUUCAAUCAUUUCCCACUUUGUCAUUUUCAUUUGAAGUGGCCUCAUUUGUUGAAGAAAGGCUUAAUGAAAGAUUAAAUUAUUUUCAUCAGUUUUAGUGUUGCAUUCCCUCCUUAUUCAUUUUUUCCACGUUUAAUUUUCUUAUGCUUCAUGUUGGUUUCAUCUUUUUAAAGUACUGUUGACUAUCUUCUCCGUACUCUCUCUCAUGUCCUUGUUUCUUAUCUGUUUUCCCCUAUGCACCUAUGAUAGAAGGACAGCCACUUGCUGGCUUAUGGUUUCAAAACCUCAAGCUUUUGUCAGAUACACACAGAAUUAUGUAUUAAGAAUUCUUGCAUUUUUUCCAAUAUAUACUUUGAGACUUCUGAUUAGAUCCCAGAAAAGAUACACCUUUGAUUUAAAAUGAAAAGCACGUUUUAAGGCUGUACCCAUAAAAGACUUUUCCCUGAUCCCAUAUACUUUGAUUUGAGAAAUGAGGAAUAAACAAAAAGGUAAGCCAAGUUAAUGCCUUUUGAAAGAAUGCUCCUUCUGGAACAGACAAUGUAAUAUGAACAAUCAAAGAUUUAAACCUAUGAAUUUAUAAUAUAUAUAUAUUUCAGCCUAAAUAUUAAGCACUAAGAAAGAAAACCACUGCACUGUUAGAUUAUGUUUUGCCUUUUAGAUUAAUGGUACUAUGAAAUUAUUUUCAUGGUCAAAGAUAUUCCGACUAAAACACAUAAUUCUUGCUACAGUGGUACACAUUUGUUGAUAGAUGGAGCUCACAUGAGUUUGGAAGCUACUGGAAAGAUAGAGCACAUCCCUUUACAGAAUAUGAAACAAUCUUCACUUCUGGUGACGGCUGAUAUUGAAUUGGCUGCCCAAUGUGCAUAUUUCUCAAAGUUUAUUUCCAUAAAAAUCAAUUGAAAUAAAAAUUGGGAGAGAUGUAAUAUGGCUUGCUGUUUUGCUUUCUUCCAUUUUAUACCGUUCAACAAUUUCAAAACUAUCCGUAUUUCUUUAUCAGAAUGUGAUAAGGUAAAGGAAAACUACUUCUAGUACCUUGAAAUUAUUAUCUGACUUGACUGAAUCAAUUUUCAGUAAUAUAUGGAAUGGAUUCCUUACAUUUGUCUUUUCUCCUUAUGGAAUGGAUGCAGUUUCUUACAUUCAGUCACACACCAUGGUUAUUUGUCUUAAAUUAAGUAUUUGUUUACAAUCUCUUUAUUGAUUCACAGAAUUUACUCUUGCCUGUUACACUCUGUGGUUUGUAAAUUGCACUGUUGUGAAUUCUUAACCAGUAUUUUAUUGUCUGUAAAUAGUUUUGUGAUUGGAUAUAAUAUAAUUUCUAUGCUGUGCAAAAGAAAGUUGCACCAAGCAUAGGAUGUCCUAACUUCUGUACAUACAAUGUGUAAAUCUGUACAAGCAAAAUGGAUGUUAUUUUUUAAAUAUUUGAUGAAGAAGUGUCCAUCGUUUUUUGUUGGCACAAAAUGAAACAAUAAAGUCAAUGCAAAAUGCCUUGUACUGUAGUUUUAA